UCCCGCCCUCACUUCCUCCGGGAGGGGUUAGGGACGUUGUGCUCAGAGUCGCCCACACAGUCUCGGACAGGAGUCGCUUGAGCCGCGAGUCCGGCCCCGGCCUCCCAGGGCCCUCGACACCACCAUGAGCGAGGCCUUCGACUGCGCCAAGUGCGGGGAGUCCCUGUAUGGCCGGAAAUAUAUCCAGGCAGAGGGUGGCCCCCACUGCGUCCCCUGCUACGACGGCACCUUCGCCAACACAUGCGCCGAGUGCAAGGAGCUCAUUGGGCACGACUCUCGGGAGCUGUUCUAUGAGGAUCGUCACUACCACGAAGGCUGCUUCCGCUGCUGCCGCUGCGAGAGGUCCCUAGCGGACGAGCCUUUUACUUGCCAGGACAAUGAACUCUUGUGUAACGAGUGCUACUGCAGCGCCUUCUCCUCCCAGUGCUCGGCCUGUGGGGAGACCGUCAUGCCCGGGUCUCGGAAGCUAGAGUAUGGGGGUCAGACCUGGCACGAACACUGCUUCCUCUGCAGCGGCUGUGAGCAGCCCCUGGGCUCCCGCUCCUUCGUGCCCGACAAGGGCGCUCACUACUGCGUGCCCUGCUACGAAAACAAAUUUGCCCCUCGCUGUGCCCGCUGCAGCAAGACACUGACACAAGGAGGAGUGACUUAUCGUGAUCAGCCCUGGCACCGAGAGUGCCUGGUCUGCACCGGCUGCCAAACUCCCCUGGCCGGCCAACAGUUCACGUCCCGGGACGACGACCCCUAUUGCGUGACUUGCUUUGGGGAGCUCUAUGCACCGAAAUGUAGCAGCUGCAAGCGGCCCAUCACAGGACUUGGCGGGGGCAAGUAUGUGUCAUUUGAAGAUCGGCACUGGCACCACAGCUGCUUCUGCUGUGCCCGUUGCUCAACCUCCCUCGUGGGCCAGGGAUUCAUACCUGAUGGAGAUCAAGUUAUCUGCCAAGGAUGCAGCCAAGCUGAUCUCUGAAGGAGCCUCCCCGGCUGGGGACCUCCCAGGAUACUCCCACCUCAAAACUGGGGUCUACUAUAAACCCAAAUGUCCCCUUGGCUGUCCCAUCCCAAACUCAGGAUGCCCCCAUUCCCACAGCUCCCCAGUCCCAGUUCAGGAUGUAGUGAGCUCCCUGUUGCUGGAGGUAUUCAAGGAGAGGCUGGACGACCAUUUGUUCAGGAUGUUGUAGAACAAUUGUUCUCCUCAGGUAGAGCUUGGACCCUUCUAACUCUUGGAGACAGUGGAACCCAACAUCCUCACUGAGGGCCUCCUGCCCUGCCUGAAAUCCUAACCCCCAAGUCUCUAACCAAAGUCCUUAAACUUGAGACCACUCCUGCCCACCCCAAAGCCAGGGCUGAGGGCCUCAAAACCCUGAUUUUCUUCAUCCUCCCAGAGGGUCUUCCACCCAGGCCACCUCAGCAGAGGCCUGACAUGACCCUUUGCUGUCCUCAUCUCUGAAGCUUGGGGUGGGGGCAGGAUGGGAGUAUGGCCGUGAGGAGGAGAAAAAGACAGAGGGGCUUCAUUGGGGCCGGGGGAGUGAAGGGGAAGGGGGAAUCAUCCAUCCUCUCUCCUUCCUUGCUUCUGCAAUAAAAGUGUGAUGAAACUGUAGCAGUUAUUUUUUGAGGUGAGGAGGCUUCCUCUUUUUGCCCCAAAAACCUUUUCUCUCUUCAAAGGGCAUGGGUGUUAAACACACAUCUGGCAGGAUCUCUGGAGAAUGGUGGCCCUCUCCUACUGCCUCUGCUGUGGAAUGGAGCCCAGUGAAAGUGAUCACACAAUCUCUCCCACUCCCCAGCACACACAGCGUCCCCCACUUUUUCCAAGGCCUGGCCUCCUGCCACAGCUUGAAGAAUAACUUGAAUCUUCUGCCUUUUCUGGGGAUCAGAAUGAUGGCAAAAUAAAUAAAUAAAGACCACUCUUUCUAGAGUGUUUGAAACUUACAGAGCCCUUUCCCUAAUGUCAGCUCUGGGCAAGCAUCAUUUUUCACCAUUUUACUGAUGAGGAAACUGAGCCCCACAGGCAGAGCUCAUACAUCAAAUGACUAUCAGGAAGAUGUCUCUAUUAGAAACAUCCUAAUUCUAACUCCCCCUCCCCAUAUGUUAGACUUCUUAAAAUAUAGCACGACAGGGUUACAAUUUUAAUGACUCAUAUCUCUAUCCCCAGGGGCUACCACAAUGCCUGGCACAUAGUUGGUGCUCAAUAAAUGCUUGUUGAUUGAUGGUUUCUAUAGCUCUUUAAAGAGGCAGGAAUACAGUACAGUGGAUAGAGCCAGGACUUGGAAUCAGGAAGACUGUUUGCAGCCUCAGGGCCAGUAUCAAGCUCUGAUAGAGUGUUCUCAUCUGUAAAAUGAGUAUAAUUAACAGCAACCACCUCCUAACGUUCUUAUGAGGAUCAAGUAAGGCAGUAUUUUUUUUAAAGCUGUUUUCCAGCCUUAAAGGGCUAUCUAAAUACUCAUUAUUAUAAUAAUCUUAUCCUCACAACAGUGUUUUGAAGUAGAUAAUGAAAGUGUAAUUACUCCCAUUUUAGAGAUGAGGAAAACUGAUCCUAUCCAAAGGCCUUCUUUUCACUUCUGUUGAGCUACAUCCAUGUCCUCUACAAACACCCUCACCUCCCUUUUCCCCUCAUCCCUUGCGCCUUACAAAGCCCCCAAAAGGGAUGAGCUAGCAAGAAGAGAGGCGCCUUCCCUUUCAUUACCACAGUCCGUCCCUGGACCCCCUUAAUAGCUCCCUGCCCCCCCAACACUUUCCCGCAACGGUUUGAAGUGGGGGAGAGGGGGGCCGGCCGCCUUUCCCCCUGGGGAUUCGCUGUCGGCUGCACGUUUUUAGCCAAAAAAGGCAAAGGAGCAGCUGCAUGAGGCAGGAACAUCUGGAUCCGAUUCCCGGCAUGAAUGGGUCACGGCCCCGCCUUCCUCUCCCGCUCCCUACUCGGGUGAUUCAUGGAUAGGUUUGGGAGAGGGAAGGGGGCAGCCCCCCAAAAUAGGAGGAGGGGGACUGAGGGAGGUCGGCGUCAGAAUGACUCCGCGUCCCCUCCCCCUGGGGACGCAGGCAGGCAGGAGGGGCUGCGCUCUUCCAGUUUGCCUCCACACCCCACCUCCCCCAUUCCCUCUUUCUCGCUUUCCAGCCAGCCCUUACUCCCCUUCCCCCCCCCCCCCAUCCCUCCGUAACUUGACUGCUGUCCGACCGCAGAAAACUUCUUAGUUCCUUGAUCCUCUCUGUCUGUCUUAUUUCUGUCUCAUUUUCUUUCUCCCCUCCCUGUGUUUCAGAAAGACAGACAGUCACACGCCUAAAGUCCGUCGAGUGUAGAAGCUUAGGGUGUCUGUUCCCCACACCCACUUCAGAGGAGCCCGGGAGCGGGUUGAGGGGGGUGCAGAAAUAUUCCGGUAGCCUCCUAACCGGUCUUCCUCCUCCACUGCCUCCACCCUCUAAUUCAGCCUUCAGACGUUGGCAGAAUAAUCUUCUGUAUGCAUAUAUGAAUCACGUCCCUUGCUGAAAUAAUGCCCCAGGGCAGAGACAUUGGUGGUGGAAGGGAUCAGAGCAGCCAUUGGGUCCAUCCCUUCAUUUUACAAGCUGAAGAAAUUGGGCAGUGACUUGUUCCUGGUCACCCCCCCAAAUAGGUGGCAGAUCCAAUAGGUGGACACCUACCAUCUCCUGACUCCCAGUUACCUCCCCACUGACAAGUCAGUAUAAAUUCCAUUUAUGGCCCUCCACAAUCUAAUUCCAGCUAACUAGUCUGGCUGUAUCUCAUACCACUCCCUUGCCUGUUCUCUGAGACAUCUAGAAAUCCCUCUAGAAAUCCCCAUGUCUGGAAUAGAUUUCGUCCCCAGCCUAACUUCAACCGGAUCCCGUCUGUUCAAAUCUCUCCCUUCAUUAAGACCCGACUCUGGUGGCCCCUCCUCCCUAGCAUGAAGCGGUUCCAGACUCCCCAGGUGAAAGGGAUCUCUUCCCUCCACACAUUUUCCAUAUUACUUUUCAGGAUUCUCUUGGGUCCUUUUCUGUAUCUCAGUUAUUUGUCUUUCAGCCUUUCCCUGAAUUCAAGAAGCAUUAUGGUGGGAUAAAGAGAACACUGAAUUUGGAGUCAGCAUAUAGGAUCAGCUACUUAUCUGUGGGACUGUUUGUAAAUUCCUUCCUUUCUCUGGGCUUCAGUUUUCUUAUUCCUGCUCCAAAUAUGAUAAUAAGGCCUUAUGGGAUAGCUAUCUUUCUAAUCCCAGCUCUGGGUCACUUAAAUAAUCAGAAGUAAAUUGAUCAGAAUA